GCGGAGGAGAACCUCACGCCCUGUGCUUCACAAAGUAACGGCCGAAUGUACAACAGGAAUCACUUGUAGAUAUAAUUUUCAACUGACUUUGAAUGUAUAUUAUUUUAUCGAGAUCAAAUGGCGGUGUGUUGUGCAAGAGGCAGCGAGGCCGGUGCACCUGUCGAAGAAUCGAGCCAUUGAAUAGCAAGAUCUAAUGCUAUCAAAGGGAGCCUAAGACUCGUUGAUAUUUAAUGCUUGAAUAGUUUCGAGUUUGAUACAGAAACUGUUUCUAGUUGCUGGACUUGAAUGCGCUCUGCUACACACAACCACUUUACCAAACUUUCGUUUUUGGUUGUAAAUUGGUUAAGUUGUUCUCGUUGGCAUUUAUCGACUUCGUGGAGACCAGUAUUAUUGAACAGCUGCACACAGGAACGUAUGCUAAUUUCUUUCUUUUCAAAACGAAGGUUUAUUAUAAAUACUCGGAAGAGUUUAUUGUUUAUUUCUAGCCAUACUGUUUGCCUUCUGUUUAGUUGCAGUAAACCACUAGCAAUGAUAAGGUCGCAACAAGCAGGCAUGGAGUAAGGGAUACGUCCAGAUCGCUGCAUCCAGUUUUUCUGCUGUGGUUAGGCCGGACCGUAUUACAUCGAGGAACAGCAAAGAUUCUGUCUUCGGCAGUCGCGCUUACAAACAAAAAUGGCCGGUCAAACGAUGCAGCGAGGAGCUUUGCUUUGUGGCCUUGCUCUGUUUGUGAUGGCUGCCGUCUUGGUGGAUGAUGUUCAGGCUGGUGAUAGGGUUCCUAAACGUGUUGGCAAUAAGACUGUAAUGAUUUGCGAGAAUGCUGAAAGGAUCAAGUGCGUUCCCGGCGUUAUACUUCCAUCGUGGGGAUCUAUGGACGAUUCAAAAGGGGCUAAAGCGGCGAGGGCAUUCAUUUACAUGAUAUCACUGUUCUUCUUUUUCCUCGGAAUUUCAAUCAUUUCUGACAGGUUUAUGGCAUCAAUCGAAAUAAUCACAUCACAAGAGAAAGAAAUUAAAGUCAAAGACCGCGCAACCGGAACGGUGAAGCUAGUCACCGUAAAAAUCUGGAACGAAACUGUUUCAAAUCUUACACUAAUGGCUUUAGGUUCAUCUGCCCCUGAAAUUCUUCUCUCUGUUAUUGAAAUCAUUGGCAGAAAUUUUGAUGCAGGAGAAUUAGGACCUUCGACAAUUGUCGGCUCUGCAGCCUUCAAUUUAUUCAUGAUAACUGCUGUUUGUACCAGUGUUAUUCCAGAUGAUGAAGUUCGCCGCAUAAAAUUCCUUCGCGUGUUUGCAUUUACAUCGUCGGCAGCAAUCUUUGCUUACAUUUGGAUGUACCUUAUUAUAUCAGUCUUUUCGGUUGGGGUAAUCGAGGUAUGGGAGGGAAUUUUCACGUUACUGUGUUUCCCUGCGUUCGUCGGUAUUGCCUAUAUGAUCGAUGUUAAAAUGAACUUCUAUAGGUUUGUUCGUAAGAAGAUUCGAAAGAGAAAGUUACAUGGACAGACAGUUAUCCAGACUGGGGAUGGUGAUAUUGUCCAAGUUGCAGUGGUGGAAAGAGCAAAUGGCGAAAGCCGAGAUGUGGAAAAGAAUCACAACAUAGGUGAGAGUGAAAAACUUGCUGACUAUGAUGGCGAUGCCUACGAUGAAAGUGAUGUCACAGCAGAGGAUCUGAAGGAAAUGAGACGGCGUCUUGCAAUGGAUGCUUACCACAGAGCCAAACAAAAGGCCCCUGAAGCUGAUUCAGAAACCCUUGCCCACCUGGUCGAGCAAGAAAACCUCAAGUUGCAGCACAAGAGCCGCGCCUUCUACCGUAUUGAAGCAACCCGAAAAAUGACAGGCAGUGGAAGCGUGCUUCGCGCGCACGAACGCAAAGAGCACGCGCAUGCCGCAAAUGGACCAAAAGCAGUACCAGCGGAAUCAAUGGAAAUGAAGGACAUUUCUCACAAUGGGGGUGAUGCCUCAGGCUGUCGUGUGUUUUUCCACCCAGCAGAAUACACGGUGGUGGAAAGUUGUGGCAGGGUGUACUUAACAUUGGUGCGGGUUGGUGAAGACCUGUUCAGCACUGUUUAUGUCGACUACAAAACUGUGGAGGGAACAGCCAACGAGUAUGAGGAUUAUGAGCCAGUUAACACUACCCUUUGUUUCAAACCUGGAGAAACCAGCAAGAUUAUAUCCAUUGGUGUGGUUGAUGAUGAUAUCUUUGAGCUGGACGAGCACUUCUUCGUGAAGUUAACAGGUAUUCGUGUAAUGGGAGAUGAUGGAGUCGAAAGAGUAAGCAAUGAGGCAUCCAUUGGCGACCCAGACACGGCUGUUAUAACUAUCCUCGAUGAUGACUACCCUGGUGUGUUCACGUUUGAGCAAGACAGCGUUGAAGUAAUGGAAACCAUUGGCACUAUCUCAAUCAAGGUGAUUCGGUUGCUGGGAGCCAGAUCAAAUGUUCGUGUACCUUACCACACUAUUGAGGGCAGCGCCAAAGGUGGUGGAGACGAUUAUGAGGAUGUCGUCGGAGAAAUCGAGUUUAGAGACGAAGAGACGAGCAAAACAAUCGACAUCCCAAUUAUUGAUAGAGAAGAGUACGAGAAGAAGAAAUCUUUCAAAGUCGUGAUUUCAGAGCCCAAGUUAGCCAGUGGUGAAUCUCAGGCCCAUAUCCCAGACUUAAGGGACGUAAAAGAUGCAGAGAUGAAGAAAAUAAUCGAAGCUGGAAAACCAACGCUUGGUGACAUCAAAACCCUGGAAAUCAAAAUCACUGAAUGCCGCGAGUUCAAGAAUACAAUUGACAAGAUGCUUAAGAAGACUAACCUUGCUUUACUAUUGGGCACUAGCUCGUGGCGGGAACAGUUCAAAGAGGCCGUCACAGUGUCAACGGGUGAUGACGAAGACGAGGAUGCGCAGCCCUCGUAUGGUGACUACGUCAUGCAUUAUAUCACACUGUUCUGGAAGAUCCUGUUUGCUUUUGUCCCUCCAACAGACAUGAAUGGCGGAUGGGCCUGCUUCGUUGUUGCCAUUUCAAUGAUUGGCAUCUUAACUGCCGUUACUGGUGAUUUAGCUUCGCAUUUUGGCUGUACCGUUGGCCUUGCUGACAGCGUGGUUGCUAUAUCCUUUGUUGCAUUGGGUACAAGUUUACCAGAUACGUUCGCCAGUAAAGUAGCUGCGAUCAAUGAUGAGACAGCCGAUGCCUCUGUCGGUAAUGUGCAAGGAAGUAAUGCCGUAAACGUGUUCCUUGGUAUCGGUGUCGCAUGGUCACUUGCGGCCAUUUACCAUACUGCUAAAGGCUCACAAUUUGUAGUACAAGGUGGAUCUCUUGGCUUCUCCGUGCUGCUUUUUUGUAUCCUGGCGAUUACCUGCCUCGGUACUAUGAUGUGGAGGCGCUUCAACAAAAAUAUAGGUGCUGAACUUGGAGGCCCACAGCCUUACAAAAAGCUGACUUCCAUUUUUUUCGCAUGCCUAUGGAUGUGCUAUAUUCUAUUAUCAGGUUUAGAGUGUUACUGCUACAUACCAUCGAUUUAAAGGGAAUCUUGAUUGACUUUAAUACCAUUUGCCCCUGGAUGCAAGGUCUAGUCAUAGGAACAGUCAUUGCUUCUCUAUUUGUCUACCAUUUUUGAAAAUUAGGAAUGAAGAAAGGUUUAUCUAAGCAUGUUAUGACAACGGGCCCUUAGUAAAGUACGUGCGCCUUUAACAUGGCUAACUUUAAACCCUAAGCACAGCCGAUUCCCUAGGCUAAGUAGCAGAUACCUAAAACACUCCGCCACUUUCCCUAUGCACCUUUGCACGUACUCUAGGGAGGACCCUAUCUGGACAGUGUGCUUACCAAUAUUUCCAACUGAAUUCUUGUGCAUCAAGGUUGGGAAAACUUCAUGAAAAAGUGUGAAUUAUGUAUGUUCUUUGAUUUAUUGUGUGGUAUUUGUCAAAGUUGCGAACAUUACUAUUCGCUAUGUACAAAAAAAGCAUAAAAGUUUGCCAUCUUUAAUUGCAUUUGCAGCAUGUACCUACGGUUUCGAAGCUGUACUAAAACUUUUGCAUCCAUGCUAUUAGAUCUUAUUCUAAUUAGAGCCUCAAUUAAAAUACAUUCAUAUCGCCCCUCUUCCUUAAUCAUUUACUUCCAAAGUGCAGUUGGUAAAAGGAAGCUUCUUAGAAAAAGAAUAGAAAGCUUUUCCUCUCCAGUGGCGGUUUUAAAAGGGAGUCUAGGGGGCCAUAGCUCCAGGCCCCGCGCUUAUGGUAGCCAAAAGGUGUCCCACACGUAAGAAAAGAGAAAUUGUAGAGAACAAGGACCCGCAGAUGUUUUUGGCCCCGGGCCCCGGAGUCCCUAAAACCGCUGCUGGUCCUCCUCUAAUAAACCAAAUUUUUUAUUUGCUUUAGCCAGGAUAUGUUCUAACCAGGUUUCUUUGUUAUCAUUAAUCCUUCUUCACAAAAUGAAAGUCAGUGUGUUGAAAAGUGAUCCCUGUUCUAAGAAACUAAAGGAGCUGUGUCACAGGCAAAAUCGCCGUUGACAAUAGAGUUUUUUGGCUCACAAUAAAUAUAUAAUCAAAUACAAAAUCAGGUUUUUAUGUCCAAAAUUAUCGUACCAUGUCUUAUUGAAGGACACGAAACAAGAAAGCUCAAGUAUUAUUACUCUGCAUAUUCGGAGUAAAAAUGGUCGGGCCGAAAAAAUGAAGAAAAUGGUUGUCCACAUUGGCAGUUGUAGAAAAGAGUAGUUCUGAAUCAAAGUUUUGCAAAAUUCAACAGAUCAGUUUUUGACCGCGGUUUAUGACAAGUAGUUCUGAUUGGUUUAGGAAGGGCAUAACAAAGCUAUGUUUGUUGCAUUUUUAUUUCACGAAAAUUAAUCAGACAGAAAUCACAGAUCAGCACAAAAGUUAAAUAUCUGUGGAUGUCUGUUCCACGCUCGAACAAUAACUGCCAUGUGAUAAUUUGAUAUCAAGUGAUGGAUAGAAAAUGAAAAAAAAUACAAUUUGAUAUCCAUUUAAUGAUAUUCAAAUAUGUCAAUUAGAUUUAAAGGCACACAAUAGGCGUUUGGCAUUAUUACCACACUGUGACACAAAUUUUGCCAAACUGUGAAACACAUUAGUACCAUACUGUGACACAUCUCUUUUAGCAAGGGAUUCGACAAUAUUUUUAGUUCAUUGUAUAGAACGUUUUUUUGCACUCGAAUACUGUCUUGUUAACAUCAUUAUGAUAUCUUGCAUCAUGGAUUUAAGUUAACUUUUUCACGAUAAACGUCAAGAAAAGAACAAAGCAAAGAAUCUAUUAAGAAAACUCGAAGUCGUGUAUUGUGUUUUGAUUGUUGCGAGAAUUCAGAAAAGCUUGUACUGAAGAUUCAAUUCUUAUACGUUAAGCACGUUUUAAAAAGAAAGACGUUCUGUGCUUGUAAUAGUGAAAGCAAUUUUAAAGUUGAGCUUGAAAGAGACGAAAUCAAUGGAAAUACCUUCUAGUCUUAUAAAUGCCGAUUCUUAGCGAAUUCUAAAA